AUGCUACGCAAAGCACAGCCAGCCAACUCGAUGCAGAAGACAUACGAUGAAUGUUAUCUAAUCUGCUCCACCGCCAUAUAUUUCGAGGGCCAGAACAACGAAGCCGAGGCGCUGCGAUCAUGGCGCAAUGCUCUGGACCAGAUCUACUAUCACAAUGCAUACAGGAUUCCCUCGGGCUUUAUCCCAAGGACGGAGACGGAGAAAGCACUACAGGACUCUUUGCGAGCGAUGGAACUGCAGUGUAAAGAGCGAGUGGACCUCUUAGACACUUUACGCCAGAGCAGACUGGAGGCUGAGCAGGAAGCAAAGGGUAAUGGGGAUGCUCCUUCCAAAAGCAAAGAGUUGCUAUUGUCAGUGAAGGCGUCACCGAAGCCUCGUCAGACAGCCUCAUCAAGCGCUGCGGGGUCUGGUCCUUCAUGGCUCGGCGAUGACACAGUCCCGCAGGCGAGCUAUGCUGAUAUCCCGCGACCAACACCACCACCACCACCAGAGCGACGUCCUGUGCGGCCCACACGACCCUCGUAUGUGAGCAAUAGAAGUUCGGACAACGAGACACCGCGGACUAUGAGUCUGCAGUCGAUCAACUCUCCAGGCCUGACACCGCCUUCAGCUCAGCAAGCACGUGGUAGGACACCGAGCCCGGAGAAGAAGGCGGGCGGAAUGCUCAAGACACUGCGCUCGAACCCGAAAGAGCGGGCCUCCUCAUCCUCUCGUAUGAACGCCACACUACGGACGCGACCACCGCCGGCUGCUGCAAAGGCCGCGACACAAUCAUGGGGUCAGCCACAGAAACCGAGUGGUGGCAGCACAGGAAGUGGCAUGCUCCCGCCACCAUCACCUUCCGCAACUACUUGGGAUCCAUAUACAAGAUCACUGGUCGAGCGACCAGCCAAGCAGGACCCUGUGACCGAUCGUCGCGCGUCUGACAACUCUUUCAUUCGACCACCAAGCCCAUUGGACUAUCUUAGGCCUCAGCACAGCAAUCCCUCGCUUGAGAAUAUUGGAAGGACUGGAAGCUAUCCGGCACCGUAUCCUGAAUAUCCUGCCAUGUACCCAAACUCGCGACCAAACUUCAACCAUAGCGAUGAGUCUCUGGAAACGGUCAAGCCAUCGCAACCCCCUCCUCCGCCACCUCAUCGUGCGCAGCCGCCCCUGCCGCCGCCGACAACAGAACAAUUCAAGUCUGCGGCCCCAUCUUCGCUACAGCAGCUCGGUCAGACAUCAUUAUCAUAUAUGAAGGAGUACCCGAAUCAUCCACCACUGAAGCCACAGCGACCAGCAGCUGUUCCGACUCGCCCUAGUGAUCGUGCAGACCGUACUUCUGAUUCAGACAAUACUGCCCGACUUGCUUCGCCAAGGACUGUACAAUCGCAGUCGAAACCUAUUAUACCACGCAAGGCCGUCACGCGAGCAGUCGGUGUGGCGAGCGCGACCGCCCAACGACAGAAACUGGACACUACGCAAUCACGACUCGAGGAUCGCACAGCAACCGAUACACAACCAAGUAGAAGCUAUCAAAGCAGUAGCCCCGAACCACUAGGUAAGCGCCCUUCGAAGCGGAAAGGCGCAGCUAAACCGACUUCCUCACGGCACCUCACUCCACCCAGCAGCGCCGAUGACGAUCAGUCACCGGACUCGGAUCAUCCUUCCACGCCUACUGAACAACAAGUAUGGGACAAGAAAGUGAAGCAGAUCAUGAAGGACCUACCGAAAGGCGUGGACGAAGCAGCCGCAAAACAGAUAUUCAACGACAUUGUAAUUCAGGGCGACGAAGUCCACUGGGCAGACGUUGCUGGACUGGAGAUAGCCAAGUCUGCUCUGAAAGAGACAGUAGUUUACCCGUUCCUCCGCCCGGAUUUGUUCCUGGGUCUGCGGGAACCAGCUCGCGGCAUGCUUCUCUUUGGUCCACCAGGUACUGGAAAGACUAUGCUUGCUCGCGCUGUGGCGACUGAGUCGAAGAGUGUGUUCUUUGCCAUUUCGGCUAGUAGCCUGACGUCCAAGUACUUGGGCGAGAGCGAGAAGCUCGUACGUGCUUUGUUCUCACUUGCCAAGAGACUGGCACCUAGUAUCAUCUUCGUGGACGAGAUCGACUCUCUGCUCGGUGCACGUGGUGGUGGAAGCGAACACGAAGCUACGAGACGCAUCAAGACCGAGUUCUUGAUUCAGUGGAGCGAUCUGCAGAAAGCUGCAGCUGGGAGAGAAGAUAAAAGUGGUGACGCGACACGAGUACUAGUUUUGGCAGCGACGAACCUACCUUGGGCGAUCGAUGAGGCAGCUCGAAGACGUUUCGUAAGAAGACAGUAUAUCCCUCUCCCCGAAGACUGGGUGCGAGAACAGCAACUUCGAAAUCUGCUUGCAGCGCAAAAGCACAGUCUACGCGACAGCGACCUCAACGUCUUAGUCCAGCUCACGGAUGGUUAUAGCGGCUCUGAUAUCACGGCCUUGGCCAAGGAUGCUGCGAUGGGCCCGCUGAGGAGUCUGGGAGAACGACUGCUGCAUAUGAGUCCGGAGGAUAUCAGGCCGAUUGGUAUGGGUGACUUUGAGGCGAGUCUGGUCAAUAUUAGACCUAGUGUCAAUUCGGCGGGGUUGAAGCAGUUUGAGGAUUGGGCUACUGAGUUUGGGGAGAGAGGUGGUUGA